AUGAAUGGUAGAGUAGAUGAGUGUUGCUCAUCUUCUCAUCCAGCUGCUCCAUGUUUAACAUUCAUUUUGGCUGACAAUCAUGAUAAUGAUUUUGAUGAGACUGUAAAGGUCCUGUCUGAAAAUAUCUGUCCUGUUCUGUUAGAAACAAUAAUCCAAGGAGACCCACGGAUUAGCUCUGCAAGUAUAAUAUGGGUUAGUCCGGAUACGAACACAUGGGUCCGAAACCCUUAUAAAUCUUCCAGUGGUGAAUUGGCGCUGGAUAUUAUUCUUGAGAAGGAAGUAGUGAAACAGAGUGGGGAUGCUUGGAGGAUUGUACUUGAUUCCUGCCUUCCUGUUUUUCAUUUGAUUGAUACCAGGCGUUCCAUCCCUUAUGCUAUCAAGCAGACUCAAGAAUUACUGGGGAUAUCAUGUACUUUUGAUCAAACGAUUCAGCCAGAUCUUGAGCGUGUUGCAGCAUCUGUGAAAAUGGUGGCGAAAGGUGUUCUUAGAGAGCAUCUAAUUUUGUUAGCUAGUAGUAUGACAUGUGGCGGGAACUUGGUUGGGUUUAAUACAAGUGGAUACAAAGCCCUGUCAAGACAAUUAAAUAUUCAAGUACCAUUCACAGAUGCAACACUCUUUACACCUAAAAAGUGUUUUGAGCGAGCCGCUGAGAAAUGUCAUACUGACUCUCUGUCAAGCAUAGUUGCAUCCUGUUCCUGGGGUAAACCCGUGGCAGUUGGUACAGGAUCAAAAUUUGAUGUUGUUUGGGAUGCAGAUAAGAUAAAAUCAAGUGAAAUUGAAGGGAUGGAUGUUUACAGUUUUCUUCAUAUGGUGAAAGGCCUUACCAAUGGGGAAGAAGAAACUGAUGCUUGUUUGGGUGAAGAUAUUGACGAUUUGCUAGAAGAAGAAUAUAUGGAUUUGGACAUGUCCCCACCACGUAACUCUGGUUUUGAGGCCGUCUUUGAAGAGAAUCCUGAAGUACAGAAUGAUUCAACAACCAAUGGUUGGGAUUUAAAUUCAGAUCAGACCAAAUCAAAAACCAACGAGUGGUCCGGUUGGGUAAGUAACAAAGCUGAAAUAAAUGUAGGAGGAUCUGAAAGUGCUCAAGAGAGUUCUUGGGGGAAAGCUGUCAUACAAGACGACACUUCCAAGUCUAAUGCUUGGGAUAGAAACACCGCAGAUCAGGCAAAAAUUAAAUUUAAUGAAUGGUCUGCCUGGGGAAGUAAUAAGUCUGAAAUACCAGCUGGUGGAUCUGAAAAUGUUAAAGAUUCUUGGGGUUCGAGUAAAAUGAAAGAUGUUACCCAAAAAGACUCUCGUAACUCUAAUGCUUGGGAGACAAACACAACAGUUCAGACAAAUACUAAGUCUACUGAAUGGUCUGCCUGGGGAAGUAAUAAGUCUGAAAUACCAGCUGGUGGAUCUAAAAAUGUCGAAGACUCUUGGGGCUCGGGUAAAAUGAAAGAUGAUGCCCAAAUAGACAAUGCUUGGUGUGCAAACACAACAGGUCUGACAAAAACAAAAUCCAAUGAAUGGUCCGGCUGGGAAAAGAAUAAUUCUGAAAUACCAGCUGGUGGAUCUGAAAAUAUGCAAGAUUCUUGGGGCUUCGGUAAGAGGAAAGAUGUUACCCAAGAAGUCAACUCCGGGUCUGGUUCAUGGGGUGGAAACGGAAGAGAUCAGACAAAAACAAAAUCUAAUGAAUGGUCUGGCUGGGGAAAGAAUAAGUCUGAAAUACCAUCUGGUGGAUCUGAAAAUAUGCAGGAUUAUUGGGGCUCUGGUAAGAGGAAAGAUGUUACCCAAGUAGACAACCCCGGGUCUGGUGCUUGGGAUGGAAACAGAAGAGAUCACACAAAAACAAAAUCUAAUGAUUGGUCUGGCUGGGGAGGGAAUAAGUCAGAAAUACCAGCUAGUGGAUCUGAAAAUGUACAAGAAGAUUCUUGGGGUUCAGCUAAAUUGAAAGAUGUUACCCAGAAAGAGAAUUCCUGGUCCAGUGCUUGGGGUGCAAACAAAACAGGUCAGACAAUAACUGAAGUGAAUGAGUGGGCAGUAAAUAAAGUUGAAACAAUAGAUGCUGGGUCGGAAAAGCCCCAAGAGGAUUCUUGGAACUCGGGUAACUGGAAAUCUGAAUCAAAAGUUGGCAAUACCUCUUGGGGAAAACCCAAUUCCUCUGGAAGUCAGUCAUGGGAUUCCCAUAAUCAGUCAAAUCAAAAUUCAAGUUCACGGGGAUGGGAAUCACAUAUUGCUUCAGCUAAUUCUGACAGUGAGAAAGGUUUUCAGUGGGGUAAGCAAGGUAGAGAAUCAUUUAAGAAAAAUCGCUUUGAAGGUUCUCAAAAUCGGGGUUCAAAUACUGGCGACUGGAAAAACAGGAAUCGCCCGCCUAGAGCACCGGGACAGAGAUUGGACUUAUACUCAUCAGAGGAGCAGGGUGUGCUGAAGGAGAUCGAACCUAUUAUGCAGUCUAUCAGACGAAUCAUGCAACAACAGGGGUACAAUGAUGGGGACCCGCUGGCUGCUGAAGAUCAACUAUUUGUACUUGAGAAUGUCUUUGAGCACCACCCAGAUAAAGAAACCAAAAUGGGAGCUGGAAUUGAUUAUGUCAUGGUUAACAGACACAGCAGUUUUCAGGAUAGCAGAUGCUUUUAUGUGGUUUUGAAAGAUGGUCGAAGAGAAGAUUUCUCCUACCGGAAGUGCUUGGAUAACUGGAUAAGAAAGAAGUAUCCAGACCUUGCUGAAUCGUUCGUCAGCAAAUAUUUUCGGAAACCCCGUGGUAGGGUGGACCAAACUACAACCCAAGGAGGGGAUCAGACUACCUUGCCAGGGCGGGACGAAGCUGCUACACCAGCUGACCAUCCCUCAACACCCGUUCCUAAGGAAACGAAAGAGUAG